UGAACAUCUCUUAAUUUGUAAAAUGCAUUUUUUUAGAAGCAACACAUAUAUAAAGAGCUGUCGUCGAAGUUUUCAACACGGACAAAAACACGGUGUUUAGGAAAAGAUGUCGGGUUUAAAACUUGGACUUAUUUUGUUUUGCUCAAUUAAUCCAAAUUUUGUUAUUGAUGUUGAAGGAAUUGGUUGUAAUGCAGACGUCAGGAUUGCAAACAAAACUGCCUGUCCAGACGGUCUACGAGACGAUGGUCUUAGUUGUUGGAAGGACUCCUAUGGUCGAGGUGUUGGGCGUGUCCCAGAUAAAAUCCCAUGUUCUUCCGGUGAACGUGAUGACGGGACAAGUUGCUGGUUAGAUUCGUAUGGCCGAGGAGCGGGCCGCAUGCCUGAUAAAGCUUCGUGUCCGUCCGGACUCCGUGAUGACGGCACUAGUUGUUGGAGUGAUGCUCACAUUUACGGAAAGGGAUGCUGUUGCACAAUAUGGGGUUGUUGCGGAAACUGCAGAAGAGGCUACCAUGAUGAUGGCUGUACUUGUAGAAAAACUGAUGUCGGUAUUAAGUUGAACUUGUUCCAGAGGCAGUCAUGCCGUAGUAACGAAGACAAGCAUGGGGCUCUGUGCUACCCUAAAUGUAAAAACGGAUUCCAUGCAGUUGGGUGCUGCAUUUGCGAACCUCAUGGUGGUCCUAGAAUUGUAAAAACACUAGCCCAAAGGCAAAGAUGUCACGACAACGAAGACUUAUAUGGUGCACUCUGCUAUCCGAAAUGUAAAACUGGCUAUCGAUCGGUUGCUUGCUGCAUAUGUGAACCAAACGAAGGCCCGGGGAUAAAGAUGACUCUUUUUGACCGGUCGACCUGUACUGGUCACUUCUUUAAAUUUCUGAACCUGUGUCUGCAGAUAGGUAAUUGUCCAGUACUAGACGUAAUCGACAAAAUUACAGCUUUGGGAGUAAAGCUUACCACUGAAGAUAUAGAAAACCUCCACAAAGUGUUGUCCGUUGCGGGUAAGCUUAUUGGAUGAAAUGCUAUUGUUUACUGAACAAAACAGCUAACCUGCCAUUUGUUGUGUUUUUGUUGUUAUUGUUUUAUUGUUGUUGUUUUUCUUUUUUUUUGAUGUUGUUUUUUUCGUGUGUGCGCGACUAUCUAUUUUAUGAAUCACAGGAACGAUUUUUAGUUAACUCAACCGGUAUGUUUUCAUUUUAUAUCUCACAUGAAUCGUAGAAGCAUGUCAGCAUGUUUAAAAUGGUUCGUACUCAAAAUAACCCGUAUGUGAAAUUAUUAUUCUAGAAAAUGUAUUCCUGUUUACCGAAUAUUUAAGCAAAAAUAUUGUUAAUGUCAUGUUAGGUCACAAACAGUUAAAUAGUUUUCCCUAUAUAUUCUAUAUAAAACUGACAUUUUUUAAAGAGCUACCAAACAUAGCUAGACCCAUUUCAGAGAACAAAUUCAUUUCAAAGAGUUAUGAUAAAACUGACAUAAAAUGAAGAGAAAAGUAGGGGUCAUUUAUCUUCUAAGAGAGAUUUCUCUGGUCACAUUUGCUUACUGUAAAAUCACAUCAAAAUCACACUGCUGUGACCUGGAAGUACUACUCAUACUAAAAUUGAGCUUCACUUCACAAAAUAUAACCUGCUCUCCCAUUUUUCCUACCAAAAUGUCAAAAAUACAUCCACAAUGAAAUUUAAACAGAAACUAGCUUUAAUUUAGACCUCUGUUGCCAUGCCAAGUGAAAAAUUAGUGUUCCAAUACCUGGCAGCCAUUACGCGAAAAGACUAGAUGGCUCCCACGCUGGUUCCUUUACUUUAGUUAGUCACGGAAUAAAAUCUAUCUUGAAUACAUGUCUUGAUAGUGUUGAUGAAUUGUGGGCCCCGUGUAUGGAUAUUUAAAACAAUUUUCAGUUUCCUAGAACAACAGAAGGGUAAUUAAAAAUUGUACCGGGAUCGUACAGUCAUCACCUAUGAAAACAAUACAUUUAGUCUUCGUGUCCUGUUAUUAUGCUAGAACAGCGCCAUUACACGUUUGUUUCGUGCAUGAACGCCAGCAGUAUGUUGGUUACGUCGAUCAUCGGUCUCGGUUGGGCUUCUGCAGAUGCUAAUAUAUAUAUUCUUAGUAAACGUGUAUUACCCUGAUAAAGAGGAACGCUACAUCUCUGUAUUCUUCACUGUAUGAGAAACUACUUCUAUAUAUCUAUAUAUUUGACACAUGGUAUGUAAACAGGAAUGUAUUCAUAGUUGUUUUAUUAUUUGAUAAUAAUUUUGCAACUAGUAUAAAUUUUCUGUUUUUGUCAAAAUUGUAUAUAUAACAUAAUGACUUAGUGUUUAUGCUUGUUAAUUUCAUGCACGUAUGUUAUUGUUUUCAGCAUAUUGUAGGAAAUAAAAAUGUUUACUGAU